CUCUCGUCAGGUCCAAUUGCUCAUGACUUGACAAAAGACAGUGAUGAGAAACCAGACAGCGAUAACAACAUUCAUACUUCUGGGAUUGACAGACGACCCAAAGCUACAACUUCUGCUUUUUAUCUUUUUGUUUCUUACCUACAUACUGAGCGUUACUGGGAACCUGACAAUUAUCAGCCUAACGCUUUUGGAUUCCCAUCUUAAGACACCAAUGUAUUUUUUCCUCCGAAACUUCUCUUUCUUGGAAGUCUCAUUCACCACCGUCUGUAUUCCCAGAUUCCUGUACACCCUGACAACUGGAGAUAAUACGGUUACCUACAAUGCUUGUGCCACACAAUUGUUUUUUGUCGUCUUCUUCGGAGCAACGGAAUUUUUUCUUUUGGCUGCCAUGUCCUACGACCGCUAUGUGGCCAUCUGCAAGCCCCUCCACUACACAACCAUCAUGAACAACAGUGUAUGCAUUACACUAGUUCUCUCCUGCUGGGCCGCUGGUCUGUUGAUCAUCAUACCACCUCUUGGCAUAGGUCUCCAGCUGGAAUUCUGCGACUCCAAUGUGAUCGAUCAUUUUGGCUGUGAUACGUCUCCUAUUCUGCAGAUAACCUGCUCAGACACGGUAUUUAUAGAGAAAAUUAUUUUGAGUUUUGCGGUGUUGACACUCAUUAUUACCCUCAUAUGUGUCGUUCUCUCGUACACCUACAUCAUUAAGACCAUUCUAAAAUUCCCUUCUGCCCAGCAGAGGAAAAAGGCCUUUUCUACCUGUUCUUCCCACAUGAUUGUGGUGUCCAUCACCUAUGGCAGCUGCAUCUUCAUCUACAUCAAACCCUCAGCAAAGGAAGGUGUGGCCAUCAAUAAGGUGGUGUCGGUGCUGACUACUUCAGUUGCCCCUUUGCUUAAUCCAUUCAUUUAUACACUUCGAAACAAGCAAGUGAAACAAGCUUUCAAAGACACCUUAAAGAGAAUUGUGUUUCUCACAAAGCAGUAA